GGCCGCCAUUGUCCCGCGGCGGACGAGCAAGAGCGGACCCUGCGUCGGGGGCGGCUCUCGGGUUUGGGGUCGCCCCGCGCUCUGGUCCUCGACCUCUCGGCCCAGGAUGGACCCUGAGGAGGAAGCGGCCGCACUGGCGAUGGCGGUGACGCCGGGGCCGCCGCCGGGACGGCCUCAGGAGCCGGUGACCUUCCGGGACGUGGCCGUGGACUUCUCCCCGGAGGAGUGGGGGCAUCUGGGCCCUGAGCAGAGGACGCUGUACCGGGACGUGAUGCUGGAGACCUUCGGGCACCUGCUGUCUGUGGGGCCUGAGCUUCCCAAACCGGAAGUCAUCUCCCAGCUGGAGCGAGGCGCUGAGCUGUGGGUGGUGGAGCGAGGACUCGCCCAGGGCUGCUGUCCAGGAACCAGACCCACAACCCAGGCAUGUGCCCUGACUGGGAAUCGAACCGGUGACCUUCAUGCUCAGCCAACAGCCACAGCGGCCGGGGCCCAGCUCCCUGUUGUGAGGGUUAAGGGAAGCGCCGUCCGGUGUCACGGACAGGACAGGCCUCCCGGGGGCCGCCGCCCGCCCCGCCCCGGGGGAAGGCUGGGGCUGCGGGGGCCGCGUCCGGGCGCCCGAGGAGGACCAGGAUGGCUGCAGGCCGGCGGAGUUCUGCCUCGAGGAAGCCCCCGCUCAAGGAGGAGCCCCGAGAGCCUCGGCCUCGGGGACAGCCGUGUCCCGAGCGCAGACCUGGCCUGUUCCCCGAGGCUCCUGGGAGCGCCUCCGCCUGUCCCUCCGGACUCGCAGGCCCACAAGACUCGGGGGCCCCCUCCCCGCCGCCCCCAGCCAAGCAGCCCGGCUUCCGCGGAGCCGCCGUGGGACAGCGGGGCCGGGGCCCUGGCGGAGCUCGCGGCCGGCCCCCCGCCCGAGAAGCCCUACAAGUGCGCGGACUGCGGCAAGUCCUUCAACCACAACGCGCACCUCACGGUGCACAAGCGCAUCCACACGGGGGAGCGGCCGUACACGUGCAAGGAGUGCGGCAAGGCCUUCAGCCAGAACUCCUCGCUGGUGCAGCACGAGCGCAUCCACACGGGGGACAAGCCCUACAAGUGCGCCGAGUGCGGCAAGUCCUUCUGCCACAGCACGCACCUCACCGUGCAUCGCCGCAUCCACACGGGCGAGAAGCCCUACGCCUGCCAGGACUGCGGCCGGGCCUUCAACCAGAACUCCUCGCUGGGCCGGCACCGGCGCACGCACACGGGCGAGAAGCCCUACGCCUGCAGCGUGUGCGGGAAGGCCUUCUCGCGGACCACCUGCCUGUUCCUGCACCUGCGGACGCACACGGAGGAGCGGCCCUACGAGUGCAACCACUGCGGCAAGGGCUUCCGGCACAGCUCCUCGCUGGCGCAGCACCAGCGCAAGCACGCGGGCGAGAAGCCCUACGAGUGCCGCCAGCGGCUCAUCUUCCAGCAGGCGGCGCUCGCGGCGCACCCGUGGGCGGGCGCCCUGGGCUGCGACUCGGCCCUGGCCCCGGGGGAGAGCGCCCCGCGCAGCGACCGGCCCUUCCGGUGCGGCCAGUGCGGGAAGUGCUUCAUCCAGAGCUCGCACCUCAUCCGGCACCAGGUGACGCACACGCGGGACGGGCCUCGCGGGCGGAGGCGGCGGCGGCCGGAGCAGCCCCUGGGCCGCAGCUCGAUUCCUCACCUGCGCCCGGGUGAGGCCCCCGGGAUGGGCCCGCCUGCCGGCAAGGCGCUCGCUCUGUUUGACAUCCAGGGGAUCGUGCAGGAGCGGAAGCCCGUGCACGUGAUUGCGGUGGAGGAGCCGCCCGUGGGCGCGUCCGUGGUGUUUGACAUCAAGGAGUCCCCCUAGGGGGACAGGCACUGCAGUGACCGAACCGGCCCAGAGGCCGCGUGGGCUGACCACAAGGGAGGAAGGCCUGGGCGCCUCCGCUCACCCCAGACGCCAGAGCUUGGGGGCCUCCGCUCUCCCCAGACGCCGGAGCUUGGGGGGCCUCCGCUCUCCCCAGACGCCGGAGCUUGGGGGGCCUCUGGUCUAUCGAGCCCGGCAAACCCUUUAAACUCAUAUUUUCUACUAUUGCCUCUGGGAACCUGAAACGGGUUCACAGGUCACGUUAGAAAGCCAACAUAGGCCCCAUUUUGUAAAAAAUAAUUAAAGCAAAAGUCAUUAUAAUGGAGUAACGUGUACCCAGCCGGUGCGGAAUCUCCUGACCGAGCUGUCAUGCCGGGGACCUGGCAGGGCCUGUGGGUGUCGUCUAGUAACUGGGUCUGAGGUUGGCCAGGAAGCAUUGUGAGGGGCAUUCCUGUCCGGGAUGAUUUUUUUUUUUUUUUUAAUCCUCACCAGAAGAAUAAAAAACAUUUCCCUAUGGACUAUUUUUUUAGAGAGUGGAAGGGACAGGUGCAGAGGGGAGAGAGAGACUGAUGUGUUAGAGACACAUCGGUUGGUUGCUCCCACUCGUGCCCCAAAGGGAGCCACAGAUUGAAUCUGCAACCAAGGUACGUGCCCUUGACCAGAAAUUAAUCCUCGACCCUUCAGUCCACGGGCCGGUGCUCUAACCACUGAGAAACCUGCCAGGGCGGGAGGUGGAUCUUCAGAGAGUUGACUCGCUCUUGGAAAGGUUUUGAGCAAAAUAAAAUGCCAUUGCAUUUCUGGGAA